UGCAUCCAGCAUGCAGCAGACACUGACCUAGACAGUGGCAAUUUAGCUAUGGUUAAGAUGAUGACAAAUCUCCGCUGUGCCAGAGAUCUGCAGGAAAUGAGAAUUAAAAAGAAAUACAGGCAAAAUAUUAGCUCACAGCCAGGCAGUCUCUAUGUCAUUAAAACAUCUGCCAGAAAUAGAAUAUCUCUGAAAACUGCAGUGGAAGAGAAAUCGCCUCGUUUUUAUCCUGCGGAAGAGCUUUACACAUACGGUGUUUCGAAACACUGCAUGCAAGUUAACAGCACAAAUGCUGAAUCUUUCCAGUUUCUCAUCAACGACUUUUUCAGUAAGGAGUAUUUAUUAGCUGGAAAUGGGAUGCAGCUGGCUGAUGGAGGAUGGCUAAUACCUACAGAUGAGGGAAAAGCUGGAAAAACAGAGUUUUACAGAGCCCUCUGUGACACUCCUGGUGUGGAUCCCAAGCUAAUAACAGAGGCCUGGGUCUACAAUCACUAUAGGUGGAUUGUGUGGAAACUGGCAGCCAUGGAAGUGUCUUUUCCAUGUGAAUUUGCUAACAGAUGUUUGACACCAGAAACAGUGCUGCUGCAGUUGAAAUACAGGUAUGAUUUGGAAGUUGAUAAAAGCAAACGAUCAGCAAUCAAAAAAAUAACAGAAAGAGAUGAUGCAGCAGGUAAAACACUUGUACUGUGUAUUUCUAAAAUCAUAUCACUGGACACCGUUGUAUCUUCUAGCAGUAGCAAUAACAAUGUGGAAAGUAAAAAAGCAGCAGCAAUAAUUGAAGUUACUGAUGGCUGGUAUGGGAUUAGAGCUCUUCUGGAUCCACCUCUCAAAGCUUUCUUGCAUAGAAGAAGGCUGACUGUUGGUCAGAAGAUCAUAGUGCACGGAGCAGAACUCGUUGGCUCUCAGAAUGGAUGUACGCCACUGGAAGCCCCAGAUUCCCUUAUGCUAAAGUGGGUGGAAAAAACAUCAGCUGGUUCAUACGUGUUUCGUAACAGUCGAGCUGAAGAAAGGGAAGCUGCCAAGCAUGCAGAAGAUCAACAAAAGAAACUGGAAGCUCUGUUUGCAAAAAUCCAAGCAGAAUAUGAAAAGCAUGAAGCCUUAACUAGCAAUACCAGCCUUCAGCAAUCCCAGGCCUUGGAGACCAGGGGAAAGUCUGGAGCAAGGAAGACAUACCCUUGGUGGAAGAGGAUCAAGUUAGACACUACUUACAUAAACUGGGCAUACGGAUACCUCAGUGAAGACCAAUUAAAAGCUUUGAAUGCUCACAGGCAGCUGAUGAAUGAUAAAAAGCAAACUCAGAUACAGGAAGAAUUCAAAAAGGCUUUAGAGUCGGCAGAACAGGAAGAAAAUGGUUGUUCCAAAAGAGAUGUGUCUACUGUGUCACAGGAGGUGCUGGCACAGAUUUUCUUUCCACGAAAGGCUCUAAAGUUCACCAGUUUGUCAGAUCCCUCUUUUCAGCCACCGUGCGCUGAAGUUGAUUUAGUUGGAGUUGUAGUUUCUGUUAGCAGAACAGGUUUCACUACUAUGGUGUACUUAUCUGAUGAAAGCUGUAAUUUAGUGGCAGUAAAGAUCUGGGCAGAUCUCAGACACUUCGCUAUCGAAGAUAUAGUUGUGCGCUGUUCGUUCAUUUCUGCAAGCAAUCUCCAGUGGCAGUCUGAAUUCAGGUCAGAAAUUCCUGUGCUGUUGGCUGCGGAGCUUUCUGUAUUCUCAGCCUGUCCAAAGGAAACCUAUCUUCAAGAGAAGGUUAACGAACUGAGAAGCUUGAUAGAGAUCUCUUCUAAAAUGGAAAUAAAGCAUCCAAGCCCUUUGUCAACCAGCACACCGAAUACGAAACUUGUCACACAAGGGUCAGCCAAAACGCCUUCCUCUGCUACAAUUAAUCAAGACCAUCCCAAAAACAGCAAGAAGAGAAAAGCUAUGGACCUCCUCAGCUGCAUACCUGCCCCUCCACCACUCACACCACUGUGUUCAAUAAUUUCUCCAUCUUUAAAAAAAGCAUUUCAGCCUCCACGAAGUUUGGGUUUACAGCGUAGCAAGUCAUCAAAAGAAACAAAUCAGAGUAUUGGUCAUGUCACCCCCUGUAGAAAAUGGAGGGAAACUGUCCAUCUUCCUGAGAAUGACCUGGUUGCUGAUGAAGAACUUGCGAUGAUUAACACACAAGCCCUCAUGAAUAAUGUAGCAGAAAAGAAGAUUGAUUGUGUACAUGAAAACAGCAAUACAACAGCUAGUAAUUUAUCUGGUGAUCUUUUGCCCCAAAAUAGUUCCAGGUCUACUGGGGAAGCAAAUAACUCAUCAAAAAGCAGUUCUGAAGUAGCUGAGGCUGUUCAGAAGGAUACAAAGGAACCUGAGGAGUCGCUACCAGCCCGCAGAAUGCUACAAAGACAAAAACCCCGAAAAUGCUACUAA